AUGAAAACAAAAGUGUUCACAACGCUAACCGAGCGCCAAUUACUUGAGGAAAUGAAUGAGUCUCUUACAAAGUCUCCAGUGUCAACCAGAAGUGCAGUCAAGGCCCUCAAUAAUCUGUUCUACAUGCUAAGCACGAGAAAGCUGUCGGAGGCAACAGUCAGAAAUGUAUACGUGGCGCUUCUGAAAGGGUUUCAGUCGAAGGAUCUCUACCUAAAGCUCUGCAUAUACUCUGCUAUUGAGAAGAUGUCUAAGCUCACCGACGAAGGUCUGGUCGGAAUCAACAUACUGAUGAAUGAUCUAAAUGGGAAGGUUCCCGAUGAUGUCAAAGCGAUGGCUUUAAGGACACUGUUCUCCAUAAUACCUGGCGAGAUGGUUUAUGACUUUGGAAAGUAUGUGAACCAGGCCUUCAUUUCGACCUCGAUGGCCAGAAGAGACAUGUCGGUUGUUGUGGCAUACAAGCUGCUCUGCAACAACUUUAAUCAGACUAAGAAGUGGCUGGAAGGGAUAGAGCCCACCGGAAACCCUUUAAUGGACUAUCAUGUAGUUGGUUUUUUGGCACAGUCGAAGAGACUCCAGCUGAGCUCUGUGGAGCACUUUAGAGGCCCUGCAGGGAUUCUUGGGGUUCGAGCUACCGUUGAAGCGCUGAAAGAGAACAGCGAUGCUCUCUUGAUUCUCAGAAAGUUCCUUAACUCAAAAUACAGUGAUGAGAUGGUGUUCAUGGAAGCAGCAAGGGCAGUAUGCGCCCUUAGUGAAGAGUAUGGGUCGCAGUUUGUUGACCAGACGGUUCAGUCUCUGCGGACAUUUCUUAAAUCCACAAAUGUUGUUCUGCAGUUUAGUGCCAUGAGGAUUAUUUCACAGCUUGCGCAGAAGUACCCUCAAAAGGUUUCUGUUGCCAACAAAGAGGUUGAGGAUCUUGUGUCAUCCGAAAACAAAACGAUCUCCAUGUUUGCAAUUACCUCUCUGCUCAAGACAGGAACAGAGGAAACCAUCGAUCGGCUUGUGAACUUAAUUCCAAGCAUGGUCCAUGACAUGAGCGAUGGAUUCAAGAAGGUUGCCAUCGAAACACUGGAGUCUCUGAGCAAUCUUUUUGAGUCGAAGAAGCUGUUGUAUAUCGACUUUCUUGGCAGUUCUCUUCUACAAAAGGGAGAACUUGAAUUCAAGAAGUACAUGAUUGAUGUUAUCUCACGGGCCAUGGAGAACGAUGAUAUGAGAGAAAGGAUUCUUGAGGUUCUCUGCACUUACAUUGAGGACUCGCAAUACCAUCAAAUAACACUCGACAUUCUUGGGAUACUUGGGCGGGAGAUUCCUAGGUCAAAGACACCUGGGAAAUAUGUUGUGCACGUACUAAACAGGCUUAUUCUGGAGAACAACCAUGUGAGGGCUGGGGCACUCCAAUGCCUGUACAAUAUCUCCUCUGUUGUUUCCCCACAGACUGUUGAGAAUGCAAUGAAAAGAUGCCUUAACGACCAGGACGAGUCAAUAAGGGAAACGGCCAGCUUCUUGCUAAGGAACAUGAGAUUGUCAAGAGCAUGUGAGCCUUUCAGCUUUGACGAGCUUGGGGACAUCAAGAGCGGUGUUCUGGAACGCAUAGGAAAGGUAGAUGAGGACAAGGAAAGCAAAAUGGAUCCUCUGAUAAAGAGCUGUAGAGAGUUGAUCCUCACAGAACCCAGUGCAGAUGUGCAGAUAAAAGUUACCAAGAAUGUCUAUGAAGACAGGCUGGUGCUUGUAUUUUUACUAGAGAACAAACUUGAGGGGAUUCAGAUAUCCGAUGGCAUACUGGGGCUUGUUGGAACCGGCGGUGUAAAGAAAAGCAUGAGCAUCAAGGUUGAUCAAAUAGACUCUUUAGGCACCCUUUCAAUAGAAAGAGAGUGGGACAUAGAAGAGGGAUACGUUGUUAAUGGUGCAUUUGAUUACACGGUUUGCGUGGAAGGAGACAUAUCCGAUACGGAGACUGAUUCCAUUUCCCUCGAGCCCUUCCAGAUAACUACUCUGGACUUUGUAAGGCCUGUUAGAAUAAAGCAAACCCCAAGAAACAAGAGAGAGAUCACCUUCAAUCUUCAGGGGGACAUCUAUGCUGCAGGAAAGAAGAUUCUUGAUCUCCUGAAUAUGAAGAUAGUCACCCAAGAGACGGAAACCAACACAAUGGUCAUGACGCUGAACGGAGAGUACCACGGAACUCCUAUCAGCAUACGUGUAAAUAUGGUUUACAGCAUGGCCUGCAGAUGCACUGUUGGUGUCUAUUGCGAUAAUGAGUAUGUAACCCAGAAGAUUGUUAGACUAUUUGAUUGA